UUCUGAAAAUGAGCUGUAAGCUAUGCCGUAGACAUAGUGACUAAGCGGAACACCUCCUUUCUGCACCCAGUUUAAUGGAACUAUAAAAGCAUUGUUCAUGUUGUAUAUAAAAAGAAGAUGCCCCUCUGUAAUAGAUAUAGAUCAAAAGGGGGAGCAUUUGAAAUUUGCUGGGAUGCUCUGCAAUACCCUUCAAAAGGAGCAGUAUUUAUGCAAUGGAGAAAAGGAGCACUUUAGUGAUAGCGAUGAUAUAACUUGUUACUAGAUGGUUGGAUGAUUUCAGAUUAUAUUUCAAAUUGUUGAGAGUUAUCACAGGGCGCUGGGUCUGAAAUUAGGAGGAGAAAAAUUCAGAACAGUAUAAAAGAUUUUUCUUAUACUUCAUUAAUGUCGUGGCUCCAAAAGUUCUCUGAAACAUAGCAAGUCUCAAUGCACUUCCCCUUUUGAGUUUCUACAGUAAACCGCAGUGAUGUUAUAGAGUGUGAUUUCAAACUAGCUGACAAAUUCAUUUGUGCCAUGCAUCACUAAGUUUCAAGUUAGUCUUAAAAGAUUCUUGCAGAUGAGGAUGGCUAUUGGCUGAUUUUAAAACAUUCAAGAUUUACAAAUUAUUGCUUGAAGAACAAUUACUUAAGUUCGUGAUGGGGACAAAAAUAUUACCAUUGGAAAAUUCAACACUCUUCAACCAAAAAAGUACGGGGAACAGCACCACUUUUAAUUAUUACAAUUAUGAUUAUUCGGGGGACGAUGACACAGGCUAUAUUGAAUUGUGUGAGAACGCUCAUGUCAAUUCAUUUGGAUCAAUAUUUGCACAAGUCUGGUACAGUCUUAUCUUUAUUUUCAGCCUAAUUGGAAAUAUUUUAGUUUUGUGGAUCCUGAUAAAACACGAGAAGCUAAAAAGUAUAACAGACAUCUUUAUUUUGAACUUAGUCGCCUCUGAUCUGCUUUUCACCUGUUCACUUCCAUUCUGGGCUGUGGAUCAUGAACAUGGGUGGAUUUUCGGCAAGGGCAUGUGCAAGAUAAUGACUGCGGUAUUCUUUGUUGGCUACUACAGUGGGAUCUUGCUGCUGACAUUGAUGACUGUACACCGAUACUUUGCUGUGGUUCAUGCCCUGCCUGCCAUGAGAAUCAAAAGUCUCUGCUAUGGUGUGGUGGCCUGUUCAGCAGUUUGGUGCAUUAGCAUUUUAGCCACAGUCCCUGAAAUGAUCUUUUCUGAUGUCCUUGUUAAUGGGGACCAAAGCUUUCUUUGUACCAGUUCUUAUCCAAAGGAGAGUGAACUAAUAUGGCAACAGUACGGAUGUUAUCAACAGAAUAUCUUGUUCUUCUUAAUCCCUUUCACGGUGAUUGUGUUAUCUUAUUAUAAAAUAUUCAAUACUGUUGUUAAGUGUAAAGCUAAGAGGAAGCAAAAAACAGUGAAAGUUAUAUUUUGCAUUGUGGUGGUGUUCUUAUUGUGUUGGGCACCUUACAAUAUAAUUAUUUUCCUACAUUCUUUACAUGACCUACGGGUACCAUCCCUUUCAACCUGUGCUGCAGAGAAUAACUUGACUUAUGCACUUUUCAUUUGCCGGAACUUUGCUUAUUUCCACUGCUGUCUAAAUCCUUUCUUUUAUGCUUUUGUGGGUACAAAGUUCAGAGAACAUCUAUUCAGAGUCGCAAGUAAAAGGUUCCCCUACUUGAGUGUGUGCAAAGAACCAAACACCUCCAGCACCAAACAGAACAGCUCUCGCAAUUAUUCGGAUUUUGACCUGCAUCUUCAAGAUCAUGUGUAGUGGGGAGCUAUAUAUCCUUACUGAAUCUGUUGUAGUUGAAUGUAAUGUUAGAGGUAGACACUUCACUAUCUACCUCUAACAGAUUUAUUCAGGUUGGACACUCUGAAUGGUAGAACCCAGCUGCAUUGUGCUUGCAUUAAUUAGGGAGUUCUCUAAAGCCAGUCCAUUCUCCUUGAUCAAUGGCAGAAGUGGAUAUUAACUGCUAUGAUCUAUUCCAUGAUUGAACACUUGGCCUUGCAAAGAUCUGAAAAUAAUAUGUGCGCAUUUCAAAGGGGGCUUUGGUCUUUCAGCUGAGGAGUUGGCAUCUCGUCAAGUCCUUUUCUGUAUCCCGGACAUGAGUAAGGCCAAUAGGGGAGGCAAGAUGGAGACUGCCCUCUUGCUCAGCUUGCCUUGGGCUCUGAAAUUAAGAUUGAUGGUUAUCUCAGAAUUGCUUUAUCUCAUGCCUGCAACCACAAACACUGGGACUGUGGUGCAGAAUGCACUUUCCUGCUGCGAGAAGCAAUCUCAAACAUUGCUCUGGCAAGACGAAACUGACUAUUUAGUCACUCCCCCUACCAUUCAGAAUCUCCCUUCACCGAGGGGAAUUCGGUAGACCACGCGGUCCUCACAAAGCAACCUUUUGCUAACAAAAGCUGAAUGCUGCCAGGGCUAUAAUUUUUCAUGCAGUAUGUGAUUUUGAUUAUUAUGAUGUAAAUUUCAAACUGUACACUUGUGUAAAAUGCUUCAAUUUAAAGGUUUUGAUUAGAAUUUACUUCAUAAAAAACAUACUUGAAAACAGACUGUAACUGUUGCAGUAACCUUCCUAGCUCUGCCAUAAUAGUAUCACCCUUAAUGCUAAUGAGCUGCACUGACAUUUUGCUAUGUGCUGGUUUUGAGGUAUCUUAUUGCUGCCACUGACUCAGAAACUAAAAUACCUUAUUCAUGCAAGUCAUUUUUCUAAAGAAAACCACAUUUGUCAAAGUGAAAUGCAUCGACAAAUAUAAAUUCUAUGUUAUACAAUAAUACGGAAAUAAAGAUUUACA